GCGGGAUCUGGAGUAUAUCGUUAGUCACAUGUCUGAAUACACCUACCAAGAGCCUAAGGAGGCUGUGUUUGACAAACCCACCCAGCUCAUCACGCGUGGCCAAUGUGUGGUGGUGCGUCUUCCAUCCGAGCUCACCAAGAUGGUGGUGCUUGGGCAGGGCAAGUUGGUCAAUUUGGGCAAGUUCGGAACGUUUUGCAGUGACGAGGUCGUGGGGUAUCCGUUUGGGCAAUCGUUUGAGAUUUUGGAAGACAACAAGGUCAAGCCAAUUGGCGCGUUGCUCCAGACCCACGACGAGCCAGAGGACGCGGAGUACGACAACGCGACGGAUGAGUUGAUCAGAAAUCUCGCCAGCAGCGAAAACAACCAGCAGAUCAUCAAUAUCGGGACAAAGAUCCAGAAAAUGACGACCGCGGAAAUCGAGGAGUUGAAGGAGACCGGCGGGGCCGGCGUGGGCAAGCAGAUCAUCGAAAAGAUCAUUGCCAGUCACGACGCGUUCGACAAGAAGACAGUGUUUUCGCAGGAAAAGUAUCUCAAGAGAAAGCAACAAAAGUACUUGAGACGGUUCACCAUUGAUUAUGCUGGUCCGUCGCAGGUUUUGCAGUUCUACUACCAGAAAGACCCGUCGAGGGUCUUGGACAUGAGCGAGGAAUCCUUGGGGAUGAUGAUGAACUUGGCGAAUGUCAGACAAGGCGGAAAGUACCUCUUGGUGGAUGAGACCGGUGGUGUGGUGUUGUACGCGAUGAUGGAGAGAAUGCGGGGUGAGGGGAUGAUUGUGGUGGCCCACGAGAACGAGCACCCUAACCACUCUGUGAUGGCGCAUUCCAACUAUUCCGACGAAUUGAUCGAUUCUGUGGUCAAGCCUAUCAACUGGUUGCAGUUUUUCGAUCCAGAGGAAGAAAAGAUCGGCUGGACGGACUUUCCCCAGGACAUUAUUGACGGCAUGACAGGCUCCAAGAGACAGCAGUACUAUAGACGCAAGAGAAGGGCUACAGAUGUCAACCACGCAAUCAAUUUGGUUGAAUCGGGUAACUUUGACGCCUUGAUCGUUGCCACCACCUUGCACAUGCCUUCCUUGGUGGAGAAGGUGCUCGAGAAGGUGGGGGGUUCCAGACCUAUGGUCUUCUACAGUCAGUUCAAGGAAACCUUGGUGCAGACGCAGCAUGUCAUGGCGAAGGACUUGCGUGUCUUGGCCCCGACCAUUUUCGAAACCAGGGUCAGGCCGUACCAGACCAUCCCUGGGAGGAUCCAUCCGGUCAUGUCCAUGAGGGGCUUCGGAGGGUAUCUCUUGUGGGCCACCAGAGUUUUCCCUAAGGAGGGGAUUACCGCGGUGGGAAGGGGUAUUGUUAGAAAGGAGAACAGAAAGAAGCAGAAGAUUGAGGCACUGGAUGAACUUAGCGGUGCUCCGACUGAGGAGUCAACUCCGGAGGUCUAAGCCUUGUAUGUACCAUAUUAUCAUUUUAUUGUAAUUGUAGGUGGAUGCAUUUGCUUGUAGUGGAUUCAUUUACGACGUGUCUUGGUUUUGCAUAUAUACUUAGAGAGCUGUGCCUCGAUAAAUAAAGCAAGGAGACAAA